AUGUCGCCUUCAUUCCUUCUUCGAUGUGACAGGCAAGAAGCAGACGUCAAGCGGCCCAUUGGCCACCUUACUCCUACUAAAGCGACUGGAAAUCUUGGCUCAAGCAGGGAUCUUUCACCAGUCGCCUUUCCCAGUGUCGCACAGCUGAAGGCCACACUUUUGUCCGGUAUUUGUGUUUCCAGCUCUCUCUGCAGUAUUCGAAAUCACUUAGCAAUUGUUUGGAAGCCAACACCUCAGCAACUCGAUCAAAUGACAAUAGCUUCACAGUCGCAGAUUAUGCAGGGCAAUCCAGGCCUUUAG